ACCAGGAGGACCCUGAACAUCCACAGAUUAAAAAGGAACAGGGGGGACUCUGCACCAGUCUUGACGGACAGCAGCGUGUGCCAAAUCAGGACACCUACCUUUUUCUGCUUCAGUGUAAAAUCCAAAUGUGAAGAAUUAUACAGAGAAUUUCUUAUAGUGUAAACACCCUCAUCCAGGACAAAAGAAGAGACUGAUAAACAGCACAGACUGCUGGAUGUCAUCUGGAAACCCAAAAUGACAUCACACACAACAGACCUCCCACAGCCACAUGUCUGUCAGAAGGAGGAGGUUUUUGCUGAGCAGGAGCUCUGUAGCCAGAAGAGGAACCACAGUCUGGACCAGGAGGACCCAGAUUCUACACAGAUUAAAAAGGAACAGGAGGACCCAGAGCCUCCACAGAUAAAAGAGGAACGGGAGGAGCUCUGUACCAGUCUGGAGCAGGAUGACCCAGAUCCUCCACAGAUAAAGGAGGAACAGGAGGGCCUCUGCACCAGCCUGGAACAGAAGGACCAAGAGCCUCCACAGAUUAAGGAGGAACAGGAAGAUUUCUGCACCAGUCUGGGCCAGGUGGACCUACAACAUGUAUGUAUCAAAGAUGAACAUGAGGAACAGUGCACCAGUCUGGACCAGGAGGAACCAGAGGCUCCACAGAUUAAAGAUGAGCUGGAUGAAGUCUGCAUCAGUCAGGAGGGAGAGCAGCUCGUACUGAAGCCAGAGAUUGAGUCCUUUCUGGUGACGCCUACUUAUGAGGAAACUGACCACAGUGAACCAGAUUCAAAUAGUGAGCAGCUUGUCUCCCAUAGCUUUCAUAUUACUGAGAGCCAGUGUGAUACUGACACAGGGAUAAAGUCUGUGAAAUGUGGUACUUGUGGAAAAGUUUUUAAGGAUAAGUACCAAUUGAAGAAGCAUUACAGAGUCCAUACAGGUGAGAAGCCAUAUGUUUGCAAACUAUGUGGGAAAAGCUUCAGUUAUAGUAAAUCCCUGAAAGUCCACAUGACAAUUCACACAGGUGAGAAAUUGUAUUCCUGUGAAACAUGUGGGAAAAAUUUCAGUGCAAGUGGCAAUUUGACUGUCCACAUGAGAACGCACACUGGUGAGAAACCGUAUCCCUGCAACAUCUGUGGGGAAAGAUUCAAAUAUACCUCCACACUUAAAAGUCAUAUAACAACUCACACAGGUGAGAAGCCGUAUCCUUGUGAAACUUGCGGGAAAAAUUUCAGUCAAAAAAGUCAUUUGUUGGCCCACAUGAGAACGCACACAGGUGAGAAGCCUUACUCUUGUGAAACAUGUGGAAAAAAUUUCAGUCAAAGAAGUCAUUUGUUGGCUCACAUGAGAACGCACACAGGUGAGAAGCCAUAUUCUUGUGAAACAUGUGGAAAAAAUUUCAAUAGAAGUGAUAGUUUGUUGCACCACAUGAGAACUUACACAGGUGAGAAGCCGCAUUCUUGUGAAACUUGUGGAAAAAGUUUCAGUCAGCGUUGUCUUUUGUUGGUCCACAUGAGAACUCACACUGGCGAGAAGCCGUAUUCUUGUGAAACAUGUGGUAAAAGCUUCAGUCUGAGUUGUAGCUUGUUGCGCCACAUGAGAACUCACACAGGUGAGAAGCCAUAUUCUUGUGAAUUAUGUGAGAAAAGUUUCAGUCAACAUGGUCUCUUAUUGGUCCACAUGACAACUCACACAGGUGAGAAACCAUUUUCUUGUGAAACGUGUGGGAAAAGUUUCAGUCUAAGUUCUAAUUUGUCACGCCACAUGAGAACUCACACAGGUGAGAAGCCGUAUUCUUGCAAAACUUGUGGUAAAAAUUUCAGUCAAAGUGGUAAUUUAUUGCACCACAUGAGAAUACACACAGGUGAGAAACCAUAUUCUUGUAAAAUGUGUGGGAAAAAUUUCAGGGAAAGUGGUAAUUUGACUGCCCACAUCAGAACUCACACAGGUGAGAAACCUCAUUCAUGUGAAACAUGUGGCAAAACUUUCACAAAACAUGGUCAUUUGUUGCGGCAUAUGAGAACGCACACAAGUGCAGCUGGAACACCAGUCGAGAAAGAUUGAAAUGUGCAUUGACAUUGAAAAGUCACAAAAGUAUAAAAGUAUUUGACAGACAUCUAACUUGAAAAAACAUGUAAAAAUCCAUUCAGGUUAAAAGUAGAUAUUUCUGCUUCAAAGUGCCUUUAAAUCGCUUCAACAAUGAUCCUCUGACUUUAUUGCAUGCAACACUGUAAGAGAUAAGUCUAAUAAAAUCUGGUUUCCGUCACUGUCAGAUGAAAGGUUUUAUAAUUAAUAUGUGUGUUAUCAAUCUCUGCUGUACUUGGGACAUCGGGAAGAUGUUGCUACCUGAUGUAAUGUAAUGAACACGAGUUUGAACAUCAUGCAAUUUUUUUUUUCAGUUAAGAAUUUUGGAAAACGUUAAGCUCGUAUGUAAAUAAGUUGGAGUCCUGAUCAUCUUGUUAAAAUCUGAUGCAUUUCUGUGGUGGUUCCAUAUAAUUUUUUUGUAUAAAAAAAAAAUUAAACAAGUUUCUUUGCAGUAACAUCUGGAAGCAACAGAUCUGACUGGAUUAGCAAGCUGAAAGAGAACAUGACAUCCUUUUUAAAAAGAUAUGCAAACAACUUCAUAGUGUUUCAUGUCAGAUACAUAUAAUAUACAUUUAUAAGAAAUAAAUAAUUUAAAAAAUAAAUACGUUUAAAGUUCAGCAUGCAGAGCCUUUGGUGUCCUCAGAUCAGACGAUGUCGCUGUGACACAGACACUGAGUGCUGUACUAAUGGUAUCGGUUGUAAUCCAGUUGCAUCAUAGUAUAUAAUGUAGUAUAUUUUGACCUGUACAGAAACACAGAUUGUUUAUUUCCUUCAAUGAUUAAAUUUUUUCUUGCUAACUUCUCUCCAGGUUCUUAAUAAAACACUGAUGAUACACAACUUUUACUUUACUGUUUGAAUAUGUGAAGAAUUUCAACCAUAACAAUCAAGUCACUUGCUUGUUUUUAUGUUUUGUUGUCACUGAACGAUUUUUCUAUUUGUCACAAAAUCAUUUUGUCUGUGUUUUUGAGUGUGUUGGUGACUUUAUAAUAUAAUCCAGGCAGAUGAUAGUUUGUUUUUGUUUUUGUUUUUUUAAAAAAAAAUCUAAAUGUAGACAAGUAUGUGAUCACAUAUACUUUUGUCUUAUUUGUAGUGUCGGGUAUCAAAGUUUGGCGAAGUUUGAUAAUGCUAAAUAGUUGACAGUAUCAUCUGAUGUGAUCAUUCUGCACAAGACUCUUCAAAUUAUUCCUGUAAACAAGUAAAACACUGUUUCAGUGCUUUGAUUGUCACGUUAUUGAUGUGAGUUUGCACACAUUUACAACAAAUCAUGAUGAAUGUCUGAUAUGAAUGUAUGGACAUAAAUGAACAUGUACAAAAUA